GAGUGGGAAGAUGUUUUCCGCGCUCAAGAAGCUGGUGGGGUCGGAGCCGGCCGCGGGCCGCGAGAAGAACAUCCCGGCCGGGCUGCAGUCCAUGAACCAGGCGCUGCAGAGGCGCUUCGCCAAGGGAGUGCAGUACAACAUGAAGAUAGUGAUCCGCGGCGACAGGAACACGGGCAAGACCGCUCUGUGGCACCGGCUGCAGGGCAAGAAGUUCGUGGAGGAGUACAUCCCCACCCAGGAGAUCCAGGUCACCAGCAUCCACUGGAGCUACAAAACCACUGAUGACAUCGUGAAAGUGGAGGUCUGGGACGUGGUGGACAAAGGAAAAUGUAAAAAGCGUGGUGAUGGCUUGAAGAUGGAGAAUGACCCCCAGGAGGCAGAGUCUGAGAUGGCCCUGGACGCUGAGUUCCUGGACGUGUACAAGAACUGCAACGGGGUGGUCAUGAUGUUCGACAUCACCAAGCAGUGGACCUUCAGCUACAUCCUGCGGGAGCUCCCCAAGGUGCCGACCCACGUGCCCGUGUGCGUGCUGGGGAACUACCGCGACAUGGGCGAGCACCGCGUCAUCUUGCCUGACGACGUGCGCGACCUCAUGGACCGCCUGGACAGACCACCGGGCUCCUCCUACUUCCGCUACGCCGAGUCCUCCAUGAAGAACAGCUUUGGCCUCAAGUACCUUCACAAGUUCUUCAACAUCCCCUUCCUGCAGCUGCAGAGAGAGACGCUGCUGCGGCAGCUGGAGACAAACCAGCUGGACAUCGAUGCCACGCUGGAGGAGCUGUCGGUGCAGCAGGAGACCGAGGACCAGAACUACAGCAUCUUCCUGGAGAUGAUGGAGGCGCGGAGCCGAGGCCACACGUCCCCACUGGCAGCCAACGGGCAGAGCCCGUCCUCCGGCUCCCAGUCACCUGUGGUACCUGUGAGCGCCGUGUCCACGGGGAGCUCCAGCCCCAUGGGGACGGCCUUGACCACAGCUUCCUGGAUGACGUGGCCCCCCCGAAGGAUGAGAGGACAGUUGAGGCCGAGGCCCCUCAGGACAGCGACAGAGCAGCCCGAGCCUGCCCAGAACGACGGGGAGGCCCCCGGAGGGAACCCGAUGGUGGCGGGUUUCCAGGACGAUGUGGACCUGGAGGACAAGCCAGGCAGCAGGGCCCCCCAAGGCCGCUGCCCUGGCCCCCCAGAAGUGCUCCGAGCCAGAGACCACACAGUAUGUGGGGACCCCCAGGGGAGCGGCCCCGGGAGAAAGGACAGACGGGCCCCUGACCGCUUCCUUGUCCGAAGGCGCCCCACGGAGGCCCCGAGGCCGCACAAGCGCCCAGAGCCCUCGCGGGGGCCCAGCGGGACGGACCACCUGGCAGCCUCGUCAGAGAGCGACCCCGAGGGGCCCAUCGCUGCCCAGAUGCUGUCCUUUGUCAUGGAUGACCCCGACUUUGAGAGCGACUCGGACACACUACGGAGAGCGGACGAGUUCCCGGUGCGGGAGGAUCUCUCCGACGGGACGGACGAGGACACGGGCCCUGCCCAGGCGCCCCCGCCCCCCAGGCCCCCGGCUCCCGCCUUCCGAGUGAAGGACGACUUGGAUCUCUUCGGCCUGGGGCUGGAGGAGCCCGGCCAGAAGGCCAGCAGCAGUGACGGUAGCUGGGCGGGGCCUCCCUGGGUGCCAGCCGGCCCGUUCUGAUCCCUGCCUGCCUGUCCCUUACCCAGGGGUUCCCUGCUCUGCGGGCUGGCAACUGGCUGUGGGUUCCAAGAAGCCUCGGUCCUGCUGGGUCCUGCCUGGUCCUGAUGACCUCCCAGACCCCAGCCAGGAGCAGGCCCGGGGGCGUCUGAGUGUCACACAGGAGGCCUUUAGUGGUGCUGCUGUGAGCUGCCCAACACCCUCACAUGCGAGUGCAGCCCCCCGGGCAGCAGACAUGGUCUGGCCUGUCCCCGCCCUCCAUCCUGCGCUGUCUGCGCCCAGCCCUGGUGCAGUGUCAUCUGGGACCCGUCCCAGAAAGGAGAGGAAGGGGCCUCCAGGCUUGUCCUGGAUGCAGUGUGGCUGUUC